AUGGAUCAAACCUCCACGAGUACUUCGGGGAUAGAGGAUGGGACGGACGCGGCGUUGGAGCAACGACUCCUCUUCAGCGUGGUCGAUUAUGUCAUCUUUUUCACGAUGCUUGGCAUGUCGGCAAUGAUUGGCGUGUACUAUGGGUUCUUUGCCAAGCAGAAGCAGAACAACACGGCAGAGUACCUGCUUGGCAGCAAGCAGAUGAAGGUGUUCCCGGUGGCUAUGUCGAUGACGGCAACGCAUAUCUCGGCCAUCACAAUGUUGGGUGUACCGGCGGAGAUGUACAAGUACGGCAUCCAAUACUGGGCUUGCUCGAUUUCGGGGCUGAUCGUCACCAUCUUCAUGGUGUACGUGUUCCUGCCAGUGUUUCACGAGCUUCAGACAGUGUCCUGCUACAGUUACAUCGAGCAGCGAUUCGAUAAACGUACCCGUACCCUGGCCAGUGGGUUGUUCAUGUUCUACUGCCUACUAAACACACCUGUCAUCAUCUAUGCACCGGCCAUUUGCUUCAGUCAAGUAACCGGCAUCAACGUGCACAUCAUUACACCCAUGAUUUGCUGCAUUUGCAUCUUCUACACCACGUUCGGUGGCAUUCGUGCCGUAAUUUGGACGGACACGCUACAAUUUGGUGCAAUGUUAUGCGCAUUGUUCGUGGUGAUGACCCUCGGAACGCUGCAGCUGGGUGGGAUCAUCAACGUAUUCCGGUUGGCCGAGGCUGGUGGUCGAUUAAUAUGGUUUAACAUGGACCCUGACCCUUAUCUGCGCACAUCGUUCUGGUUAGUGUCAGUAGGACUGACAUCCAUGUGGAUAUCGAACAUUGGCGUGACGCCAGAGUGCGUCCAACGUUUUUUGACCAUCCCGGACAUGUCGAGCGCAAAGAAAGCGGUCUGGAUAUUCGGUGUUGGGCACAUCCUCGUGAAGUUGUUCUCGGUGUACAACGGGCUGCUGAUCUUCGGCAAGUAUCACGACUGUGAUCCCAUCCACGACGGUACAGUCCAGAAGUAUGAUCAGAUCUUCGCCUACUACGUCCUGGAUGUAGCGCGAAAGAUCCCCGGUCUGCCAGGACUGUUUGUGGUAGGCAUCUUCUCCGCUGCACUAUCGUCUAUGUCGACCAGCAUGAACACCCUCUCGGGGACGCUGUUCGAGGACUUUAUCCGGCCGAGGUUCGCGCUAAAGGACGAAACGGCCAGCACCGUGGUGAAGAUCAUGGUCGUGACAAUUGGUUUCAUCUGCUUGUUGCUGGUGUUCGUCGUCGAGCAGCUGGGCAGUAUCUUCAGUUUGGCCAUCUCCGUGUCCGGCGUGACGUCUGGCACGAUGCUCGGAAUCUUUUUCUUGGGCAUGUUUUCUCCGUACGUCAACGGAAAGGGUGCUUUUUGGGGUGCGAUAGCGUCGCUUGUGUCGUUAAGCGCAAUUGCCGUCGGCGCCCAACUGGAAAUACUGGGUGGAAAACUUAAGUACGAAAGCUUACCGUUCCGAUACGACGGUUGUACCGGUUUCAACGUAACUGGGACGGAGACAAGUACAUUCUAUCGAGACGCAGCCAACCACGACAACUCUGAGGUACCAUGGGUUUUCCGCAUCGGAUUCAUGUACUACUCGCUCCUUGGCACGCUCAUCGUUGUGGCUGUGGGGAUUGUAGUGAGCAUAGCAACCGGAGGCCAGAAGGAUCGUGUCCCACUGAACCUUCUAACACCGUGGGUGCGACCACUGUACAGCUCGUGCGAUAUCACUAACUUUAAGGGCGAAUACAAACUUGCACGAAGCUGUGAGAUGACCGAAAUAGAGAAAAUUCCCAAAUAA